GGGGCUGUAAUUUGAAUAACCGGACUUGAAGAGUUUUUUUAUCCCGAUCUCCAAAGGAGGCUGGUGGGGCCUGCACUUACCCCACCAGACUCCUUUGGGGCCUCUCACCCGCGGGAGAAAUGUAAACCAGUUCGGUCUGGUCAGUGAAUCCGUGACCAGUGAAAUCAUAGAAUGUGGAGAAACUGGAAGCGCAUGUGGAGAGCAGGAAGCGCAUGCCUGGUCCUGUAAUUUGACAUUUUAACUGGGUGUAACUUGCCUAUCUGGAACAGGAAGUUUUUUAUUUAUUGUGGGGAAGAUAAAGAGCACUAAAUUGCAGCAAAAGAGCUUAUUAUGGCUCAAGGCCCAGUCACAACAGGAGAAUAUGUCGGAAGUAUUGAUAAGAAAGCUGGAGGAAGAUUUAAUGGGGUGGAUGCCGUUCCCCUUUAAAAAGAAAACGACAGCCAGAAAGCUUUGGGGGCUCCGGCGCGUGUAUUAUUUAAUGCGAAAGGGAACUAUUUCGGGGACGUCAGCUGCCCAGGGUGGCGACCUCACCUGCCCCGGAAGUACUGGUGCGUUAGUGCCUUGCGUUCCGGGGCGGGUUGUCUGUCGUUGCAGCAGCUGUAGGUUGGGGAGGCCAUUUUCCGCUUCUAGGAAGAGUGAGAGCGUGGAGAGAGAAAAGGAAGGGAAAAGAGGGCUCAGCGCCUCCCCGCCGGACCGGAGAAGAGGGACAGUUUUGGCAGGCGGGUGAGGUCGCUGACGGCCUGGAGAAUAUGUUUUCCCUGUCGAGCACCGUGCAGCCCCAGGUUACAGUUCCUCUGAGUCAUCUCAUCAAUGCCUUCCAUUCACCGAAAAACACACCAGUUUCUGUCAGUGCAUCCAUUUCGCAAAACCAGCAUCGAGAUGUAGUGUCUGAGCACGAGGCCCCCAGCAAUGAGCCUGUACUUAAUUUAAGGGACCUUGGAUUAUCUGAAUUAAAAAUUGGACAGAUUGAUCAACUGGUAGACAGUCUACUCCCUGGAUUUUAUAAGGACAAAAAUGUUUCUUCCCAUUGGCAUACAUCUCAUGUAUCUGCACAGUCCUUCUUUGAAAAUAAAUAUGGUUGCUUAGAUAUUUUUAGUACUUUACGUUCCUCUUGCUUGUACAGACAACAUUCAAGAACUCUUAAAAGAAUUUGUUCAGAUCUUCAGUACUGGCCAGGUUUCAUACAGUCUCGGGGUUUUAAAACUUUGAAAUCAAGGACACGACGUCUGCAGUCCACCUCUGAAAGAUUAGCAGAAACCCAGCACACAGCGCCAUCAUUUGUGAAGGGGUUUCUUUUGCGGGACAGAGGAUCAGACGUUGAGAGUUUGGAUAAACUCAUGAAAACCAAAAACAUACCUGAAGCUCACCAAGAUGCAUUUAAAACUGGUUUUGCAGAGGGUUUCCUGAAAGCUCAAGCGCUAACACAAAAAACCAAUGAUUCUUUAAGAAGAACUCGUCUGAUUGUUUUUAUUCUGCUGGUAGUUGGCAUUUAUGGACUCUUAAAGAACCCAUUUUUAUCUGUCCGCUUCCGGACAACAACAGGGCUUGAUUCUGCUGUGGAUCCUGUACAGAUGAAAAAUGUUACCUUUGAACAUGUUAAAGGAGUGGAGGAAGCUAAGCAGGAAUUACAGGAAGUUGUUGAAUUUUUGAAAAAUCCACAAAAAUUUACUGUUCUUGGAGGUAAACUUCCAAAAGGAAUUCUUUUAGUUGGACCACCAGGAACAGGGAAGACACUUCUUGCCCGAGCUGUUGCUGGAGAAGCUGAUGUUCCUUUUUAUUAUGCUUCUGGAUCAGAAUUUGAUGAGAUGUUUGUGGGUGUGGGAGCCAGCCGUAUAAGAAAUCUUUUCAGGGAAGCAAAAGCAAAUGCCCCUUGUGUUAUAUUUAUUGAUGAAUUGGAUUCUGUUGGUGGGAAGCGAAUUGAAUCUCCAAUGCAUCCAUAUUCACGGCAGACUAUAAAUCAACUUCUGGCUGAAAUGGAUGGUUUUAAACCCAAUGAAGGAGUUAUCAUCAUAGGUGCCACAAAUUUCCCAGAGGCAUUAGAUAAUGCCUUAAUACGCCCUGGUCGCUUUGACAUGCAGGUUACAGUUCCAAGGCCUGAUGUGAGAGGUCGAACAGAAAUCUUGAAGUGGUACCUCAAUAAAAUAAAGUUUGAUCAGUCUGUUGAUCCAGAAAUCAUAGCUCGAGGUACUGUUGGCUUUUCUGGAGCAGAGUUGGAGAAUCUUGUGAACCAGGCUGCAUUAAAGGCAGCUGUUGAUGGAAAAGAAAUGGUUACUAUGAAGGAACUAGAGUUUUCCAAAGAUAAAAUCCUAAUGGGGCCUGAGCGUAGAAGUGUGGAAAUUGAUAACAAAAACAAAACGAUCACAGCGUAUCAUGAAUCUGGUCAUGCUAUUAUUGCAUAUUACACUAAAGAUGCAAUGCCUAUCAACAAAGCUACAAUCAUGCCUCGAGGGCCAACACUUGGACAUGUGUCCCUGUUGCCUGAGAAUGAUCGGUGGAAUGAAACUAGAGCUCAGCUGCUUGCCCAGAUGGACGUCAGCAUGGGAGGAAGAGUGGCAGAGGAGCUUAUAUUUGGAAGUGACCAUAUUACAACAGGUGCUUCCAGUGAUUUUGAUAAUGCAACCAAAAUAGCAAAGCGCAUGGUCACCAAAUUUGGAAUGAGUGAAAAGCUUGGAGUUAUGACCUACAGUGAUACAGGGAAACUGAGUCCAGAAACUCAAUCUGCUAUUGAACAGGAAAUCAGAAUCCUUUUGAGGGAUUCAUAUGAGCGAGCAAAACAUAUCUUGAAGACUCAUGCAAAAGAGCACAAGAAUCUGGCAGAAGCUUUAUUGACCUACGAGACUUUGGAUGCCAAAGAGAUUCAAAUUGUUCUUGAGGGGAAGAAGUUGGAAGUGAGAUGAUAGCUCUUGAAUUGGAUGUAUUGCUAGUUUUAUUGCAAGACCAUAAGUAGCAUUGAAGUAGUCUUAUUUUGCAACUCUUUCUCCCAUUCUUGACCCGGUAUCAUUCAGAGGUGUGAAACACUUUGUCACUCUGUUGUCACAUUCAUCUAAUUUUGAUUAUUCUCAUGAUGAACACCUAUUGCAAAUAGCAAAUUUAUUAAAGAAAAUAAAGAGCUAUCAGGAUUGAAAACAGCUUGUUUGAGAAGUGUUAAUUGGUUAUUAAGUUGAAAAUCAGUAAUGAUUUUAUGGUUGGUUACAGUGUUAGAUGUGAAUAGAAAGUGUGCCUUUAGCUCUUGGGAGGUAUUUUUACUUAGCAAAGUAAAAUUCAUGAAGGAUUGUCUUUGUUUCUAGAUAGUACCAUUUAUCUUUGAUAAAGAAAUGAUGCUGUUUGGCUGUUGGUACAUCGUAGUUCUACGUUCAUUAGUGGAAACUUCAUUAAGAUGCACUUAAGUAUGAUCUAGAUUGAUUGUAUAUGAAGUGUUUUUUUAAAAAAAUGAGUGGAGAAUUAUGAACCUAUAGAUACAAUCAGAAUUUAAAUGAUUAUAACUUUUAAAAAAUCCAGCUUGCAUUUUCAUGAUUUUUUUUUUAAAAACAAUGCUAUCACUCUGAAAAUGAAGCUUAUUUCAGAGCAACAGUAUUUUGUUAAAUAAACAAGUAACACACCUCAAAUUCUGAAUAACAAUGUAAUUAUGCUUGGCAGUGAAACCAAAAUAAAACCAAAAACUCAGUCCCCUUCA